UCCCUUUCCUUAAUCUCGCUGGCCGUGAGCUCCAACGAAGCUUUUACAUGAAACACGGCGUGAAAUGCCAACGGUGCGAGUAAACAACACGCGCAGAGACACCGACGACUUUAAAAUUUAAACCCCCCCACCCCCACGACACACACAAACACAAAGUACACACACAACACACAAAGUACACACACACACAGGCUCAUCAUCCCACUGGAACUCGCGCUGUGUGGAAUCAAAGCCUUACUGGCGUGUAGGCCCUGUGGGAUGAAGGCCCGCCUCUCCCGGCGGCACACAGCCGCACGGGUCUUCGGGGUGGAGUUGGUCUCCCUGCUGCAGUCCGGGGAAGAUCAGGCGCCGCAGGUGGUCCGCAUGUGCACGGCGUUUGUGGAGAGGCAUGGGCUCGUGGAUGGAAUCUACCGCCUGUCGGGCGUUGCCAGCAACACCAAGCGUCUCAGGGAGGAGUUUGAUGCGGGCCGCGUGCCCGACCUGACCCGGAGCGUGUACAUGCGCGAUGUGCACUGCGUGAGCUCCCUCUGUAAGCAGUUCUUCCGCGACCUCCCCGAGCCCCUGCUCACCUACCACCUCUUCCACCUCUUCGAUGAGGCUGUUCGUGCUCCCUCAGUUGAGGAGAGGCUCCAGAAGAUCCAUCACGCCAUCCACCAGCUACCGCUACCUCACUACAACACGCUGGAGUUCCUCAUCAGCCACCUGAGUCACAUGGCGUCUCACAGCGCACAGACCAACAUGCACGCGCAGAACCUUGCCAUCGUGUGGGCCCCCAACCUCCUGCGCUCACGUGGCACGGAGGGGGCACCGGUUGGGGGUGCCGCUUUCCUGGAGGUGCGGGUUCAGUCCGUGGUCGUGGAGACGCUGCUCAGCCACCGGCAACGCCUCUUCUGCAGCGUCUUCCAGCCCAGCGCCUCUCGGCCGCACAGUGAUGGACUUUCCACCCAGAACAGCUCUGCAGCUGAAGAGACCGCGCUGCCUCCUCCGUUGGAGGGAGAGGUGGCGUCGCGUUCCGCCCUGCGCCUCGUGUCGCUGGAGGAAGCGCAGCGAGCGGCGUCACGCUCCCACGGAGCCCUCCCCGAGGACCUGCGGACUCCGCCAACACUCAGGCGCAAGCUCCACCACCACCAGCAGCACCACCAGCACCACCAGCACCACCACCAGGAAAGCCAAGAGCAGGAACAGCAGCAUCAGGAUCAUCGUCCGCAGCAGGACCAAGCAGAGAAUGACCACCACCAUCUCCAUCGCCUUAAUAUCCAUCCGCGGGCGGACUCGGUGGGCUCGAGAAUGGUGUGUGUCGGUGAUGACUACCAGCUCGACAAGGAGACAAAGCGUAAGAAGGGAGGGCUUCUCUCCUUCUUCAACCGCUACACGCAGAGUAGCCGAAGAAGACGCAAGAACUCCAACGCCUCGGACUCCGUGCAGCUACGAGGCUACCACGGGGAACGCGAGGCGAAGCAGCAGCAUCGACUAUCACAGAGCACAGCUAACCUCCUAGAGGCACAUGAUCUAACACAGCAUCACGCUGGCCACAGGCUGACCAGAUCCAACAGCAUUGGCACCCUCAGCAAUUCAGGGUCCACGGUCACUGAGAGCCUGAAAGAAGUUGAUGCAGAAUUGGAAGAGGUCAAAGAGUCAAAUUUUACUCGACAGAAUGUCAAGGAUGGACCCAAAGAUGAGUCCACCAACCUGCAUUCUUCACUCCGAGACGCUGGUCCAGGCCAGACAUCUGAGAAGUCCAGCGAGACACAGGCAACUCCGUCAGAGCCUCCCCUCGAGGCCGUCACUGAUGCCCCCUGCUGUGAAGACGUGAGCAUGAAAACAUCGAUUACUUCAACUCAACCUACCGAGCAGGACCUCAGUUUGGGCGACUCUGAACCACUGGUGUUGGAGGUUCCCAAAGAUGAGCCCUGCGUGGACAACUCAGUAGUAAACGGGGAGCAGAGACCAGCAACUGGCACGAGCUUAUUGGCCAGCGCCGCCACAGAGACAGCCGUAGCCAAUGUGGAAAUUGUGGGAGAGGCUGCAAUAAAAGGGACAACCAAUAGUAAUGAUUCAAAACAACGGGUGUAUGCAGAUGGUAAUAAAACAGAGUUUGAUCAACCAAAUGGGUGCAACAUCAUUUCCAGGAAUCCAUCUGCUUGUGACGAUGAUGAUGAUGAUCAUUGUGAGUUGGUCUCAGUUCAGAUAGGGACAGGUGAUCACGUGAUGCGCGCGUCGACGUCAGCAGACUCUCCUGAGAGGGGCAGCAGUGAAGUGACGUGCGUGGCCACGGUCCAAAACCUCGGUUCAGAUUCUGCCCUCCACUGACACAACCGCGUCGG